AUGGCAACAACGCAAGAAUCGCAGAGCCCCGACCCAAGAUCGCGGAAAUCCGACACCUACGAGCUUGAGGAACACCAACACCAUGGACAGGAGAACGAUCAAGCGCACCUGGAAAGCGACCCAGGAGCCCCAAAAGGCAUCAACAACCGACGUCCUUUGGCAUCAGAUCACCACGAGGACACAGGUAGUACCGGCAAAGUCACCCCUGCUCCUCUAGCCAAUGGCGUUCAGACCGCGGAUGAGCCCGACGCGAACAUCGUCGACUGGGACGGGCCUGACGACCCAGCCAAUCCUCAGAAUUGGUCGCCGUUGAAAAAAUGGGGAAAUAUCGUCGUCCUCGCCAUCAUCACAUUCAACGUCCCGCUCGCUUCCACCAUGUUUGCGCCUGGCGUGCCCCAACUCCUCGAGGACUUCAACACACAUAGCGAGUCCCUGGCUACUUUUGUGGUGUCUGUGUACAUCCUUGGUUUGGCCGUAGGACCCCUUGCGUUAGCACCGAUGAGCGAGCUUUACGGAAGAGUGAUGAUCUACCACGUCGGAAACGUUCUCUUUAUCAUAUUCACGGUCGGAUGUGCUCUCUCAACUAGCUUGGACAUGCUUAUUGCCUUUCGCUUCCUCGCAGGACUGGUUGGCGCUGGUCCCAUCACAAUUGGCGGUGGCAGUAUUGUCGAUCUCACGACCAUCCAACAGCGUGGAACGGCCAUGUCCAUUUGGAGCCUGGGACCACUUAUGGGCCCUUCGAUCGGUCCAAUUGCUGGAGGCUUCCUUGCCCAAGCUGAAGGCUGGCGUUGGAUCUUUUGGGUCCUCACGAUAACUGCCGGUGUAAUAACAAUCAUGGGCUUCGCCGUUCUCCGUGAAACACACCCGCCGACGCUUUUGAAGAGGAAGACGAGACGCCUCCAGAAGGAGACCGGCAACACGCAGCUGCGCUCCAAGCUCGACUCGAACAUCGCUCCGAGGCAGCUAUUCCUCCGGUCUAUUUUGCGUCCUUCAAAGCUCUUGAUCUUCUCUCCAGUCUGCCUCCUGCUUAGCGUAUAUGCCGCCUUCAUCUACGCUAUGAUUUACUUCAUGUUCAGCACCUUCAGUUUCGUCUUCCAGGAUCACUAUGGCUUCGGCCAGGGCACUACUGGCUUGGUAUACAUCGCUCUCGGCAUCGGCAUGAUGCUUGGCCUCGUGGUCCAGCAGGCGACGGGAGACAGAAUUCUGAGGAAUCUGGCCGAGAAACACAACAACGGUAAACCGAAGCCUGAAUAUCGGCUCCCUAUAAUGAUGCUGGGUGGCAUUCUGAUUCCCUCUGGACUCUUUAUAUACGGAUGGACAGCGCAAAAGCAUAUCCAGUGGGCCGUGCCUCUCCUGGGGACGCUCGUUGUCGGUGCAGGUGUAUGCAUUAUCAACAUCAACGUCAACCUGUACCUUGUGGAUGCAUAUACCAUCUACGCAGCUUCGGCUCUUGGCGCAUCGACCGUCUUGCGCUCUGUUUUUGGUGCUACGUUCCCAUUGUUUGCCCUGCAGCUUUUUAAUAGCCUCGGUCUCGGCUGGGGUAAUAGUCUGCUCGGCUUCGUUGCGCUAGGCAUGUGGCCGAUUCCACCACUCUUCAUCAAGUACGGCGAGUACUUGCGAACGAGUCCCAAAUUUCAAGUCAAACUGUGA